CAGAUUGAGAGAAUUCAAGAUGGCUGCUUCAGGCUCCAGGUGAGGGUGCCACUUUGUCGCACCCAGGUUGAUACGCUCUCUUGCGGCUGACUGACGUUUGGAGCUCUGACUCCCAUUCCCCCCGACCUUCCCCGUUGCCGUGGAGACGCAAUGUCGUCCACGUCCUCCUGCUCGUCGUCGGGGGAGAACAGCCCAGAGGAUGUGCCCCGAGGUGGGGGCACCAUCCGCGUCUACCUCCCUAACAAGCAGCGCACGGUGGUGAAUGUACGGCCAGGGCAGACAGUCCACGACAGCCUGGACAAGGCUCUGAAGGUGCGCGGCCUGAGCCAGGAGUGCUGCGCAGUCUUCCGCCUGCUCGAAGGCCGUAAGAGGCUAACGGAGUGGAACACUGACAUCACGCCCCUCGUGGGGGAGGAGCUGCUGGUGGAGGUGUUGGAUGACGUCCCUCUCACCAUGCACAACUUCGUUCGUAAAACCUUCUUCAAGUUAGCGUACUGUGACUUCUGUCACAAAUUCUUGUUCAACGGCUUCCGGUGUCAGACGUGUGGUUACAAAUUCCACCAGCACUGCAGCAGCAAAGUGCCCACGGUGUGCGUGGACAUGGACACCAUGACCAAACGGUGUGUUCCCACUACAGAAGACUACCCCCAAAUACCCAUUCUAAUGAUGCCUGACGCUAACUCCAUAUCACAGAGCGACAUAGCCUUAACCCCUGAGCCUCCUGGGCCUGGGAUGUUGUCCCCACCAUCAGCGUUCCAUUUCCCCAUGCCGGGGGCGGAUGGGCAGUCCCUGCAGAGACACCGAUCCACUUCCACGCCCAACGUGCACAUGAUCAGCACGCUGGGGCCAGGCGCAGCUGGCGUCAUCGAGGAGGCAUUAAAACUCAACAACACGAUGGGGCCAGAACCCUCCCCCAAGCCCUCGACCAGCCCUCCUCAUCUGGGAUCGCCGGGCCGAAAACCCCCCAAGUCGCCCUCGGACCAUAAAGAGCGCAAGCCGUCCAGCUCCGAUGACAAAAAGAGAGUGCACCGCGUGGGUUACCGGGACUCCAGCUACUACUGGGAGGUGCACUCGCGCGAGGUCACCAUGCAGAAGCGCAUCGGCUCCGGCUCCUUCGGCACCGUCUACAAGGGCAAGUGGCACGGCGACGUGGCCAUCAAGAUCCUCAAGGUGACGGAGCCCACGCCCGAGCAGCUGCAGGCCUUCCGCAACGAGAUGCAGGUGCUGCGGAAGACGCGUCACGUCAACAUCCUGCUCUUCAUGGGCUUCAUGACGAAGCCGCACUUCGCCAUCAUCACGCAGUGGUGCGAGGGUAGCAGCCUGUACCGCCACCUGCAUGUCACCGAGACCAAGUUCGACACCAUGCGCCGCAUCGACGUGGCCCGCCAGACUGCUCAGGGCAUGGACUACCUUCAUGCCAAGAACAUCAUUCAUCGGGACCUGAAGUCUAAUAACAUCUUCCUGCACGAGGGCUGGACGGUGAAGAUUGGCGACUUCGGCCUGGCCACGGUGAAGUCGCGCUGGAGUGGUUCGCAGCAGGUAGAGCAGCCUAGUGGCUCCAUCCUGUGGAUGGCGCCGGAGGUGAUUCGCAUGCAGGAUGCCAACCCUUACACCUUCCAGUCUGACGUUUACGGCUACGGAGUUGUGCUUUUCGAGCUCAUGUCUGGGACACUGCCUUACUCAAACAUCAACAAUCGUGACCAGAUCAUUUUUAUGGUGGGCCGAGGCUACCUGUCUCCAGACCUCAGCAAACUGUACAGCAACUGCCCGAAGUCAAUGAAGAGGCUGAUCAUCGACUGUCUGAAGUUCAAACGUGACGAGCGGCCCCUCUUCCCUCAGAUCCUUGUAGGCAUUGAGCAGGUGCAGGACCUGCUCCCCAAGAUCGAGCGGAGCGCUUCCGAGCCGUCCCUGCACCGUGCCGUCCACGCCGAGGACCUAAACCCUCUGCUCCUGCACACCACGCGCUUCCUACCCCUGUGAUCCCUGGCCCGGCUACUGCCGUGUCCUAGGGGUUCCUGCGCACUUCCCCGUUCCUCCAGCACAUUCCCGUCAGCCCGGAGACCUUAGCAGUCACUACACACACGCAUCCAUGCACAUGUUUCUGUGAUGCAUUCUGUAUCUCGAUCGACACACCCGCAUCUUCAUGGACCUCACAGCCCCAGGAUUCUCCAGACCUUCUCGGAGUAGGAAUUGUAAUCGCCCAAAUGGAGCUCUUCUCAGUUCAGCACUUCCCUGCAAGAAACGAACUUUGUGUGUGAUUUAUCCACAGAAUUCACAAUAUUUUUGCUAGCGUGCUCAUAGAUGCAGUUUGUGAAAAAAAAGUGAUUGUAAUCAUGCCCCGAUUUCAUGUCGAAUGCACAACUUAAAAGAACAACCCCAAAGCUCUGCACACCUCAUCGGCUCACUUUUCUACAUCACGAAGUCGAUCACGUGUAGGCCGUACCCUCGUAGGACACGGACGACCGCGCAGAACUUUGAAGAGCACAGAAACUAGAGGAGCCCGCGAACACUACACGAUUCCGGUCUCGUCUGCUGAAUACCGGGAUCAGGCGGACUACCGCCGCUGCUCUUUGCAGCAUUGCAUCUGAACGUUCUCUUCCAGCUGCCUGAAUUUCCUGACAACAGAUUCAUCCCUUGAGUUUCCUUUUAACAAAAGUACCUGGAAAUGUACAAAAUAUAUUAAUGGUGGUUCAUUUCUUGAGUUCUCACAGCGUUGUGCUUGAUUUGUUGCGCGUUCCUCUGGGCUUGGCAAUCCUGUAGGUCAAACUGGGCAUUUGUGUCACAGUCAUCAUCCUGUCAAUACUGUAAGUCUCGUCAAAACUUGUCCAAGGUAUGGACUCACUUAGUAUUCCCUUAAAGUAUCAAAGAUUUCUUCGUAUUCUGGGGUUGCCGUCUAGGGGUCUUUUUGUUGCCUUUUUUAGUGAGCCAGUCGGUUCUUCCGGCAAAGGAUUCCCGCCCUCCACCCCAUUGUCAGGACUGUUACCGGUUUCUGCCGCGCGUCCAGCCGUCUGGGCUGUCGAGUUAUGUGGCGUGUCGACUCAGGAGCGCAGACGGUUGUGGCGAUUGGUUACAGGCUACGUUUGCAUUAGUACGUGUGUGUGUGGUCUACUGGGCUGUUGGUCGGCUGGGCCAGCUAUGGAUCUGUAAACAUCUCAUUGCGGAAGACUAGCACUGAGGUUUGUGAUCUCUUAGAUAAGGCGGGUGCGCGGCCGGAUUGGCGCUGGUGGCGGCGUUUGCCUGCGAGGUGUGUGCUCGCUAGUGUUUUAGAAACCAAAGUUCCCAAAUUGGGCCCACCGUGCCUGCUAGGGCUUGCCCUCCUAACGGGGAAUGCUGAGAAAGUGUUUCUCGUGGUGGUGGGUCGACAGGAAACCGCAUGGUGAUUGGUCAGACGGCAUGGUGAUUGGUUAGACACAGGUCACGAGAGAGGAGCAGCCAUUGGUCUGUAAUAAGGUCCUUAGAACAGAGUUGGCAGCACUUUGAGCUGAUUUUUUUGGAGCGGCAGAUAAUCAGGAAAAAAAGUAGUGUCAGCAUCUUAACAGAUUCCUUUUCAAGUUUCACAUUUCUCUCGCUAACGUUCUGAACGUUUCCACGUUGGAUACAGGUUGAAGGCUUGCGUUGCCCUCUGCUGUGCUUGGGAGUCUAAAUGAAUACUGUAGUACAACAGUAGAGCCCCUGUUGGGAGAGCCGUGCUCUCUUCAGACAGAAGCGGACACGUAGGUGUCUGUUAGAGCGCCACCUGCUGCCGGAGCCGUGUGAAGAACACGGCCACAGAGCGAUCUGGAGCACAGUAUGGAAGAGCGGCACAAGAAUGUCAGUGCAACGGCACGGUUCAGGCUCCUGUGUGUGUGUGUGUGUGUGUGUGUGUGUGUGUGUGUGUGUUUCCUAAAGCAGUAUCACUGACUGUCUUAUGCAUGAUUUAAUGGGGCCUUAUGACCAACAGAUUUGCUUUCUUUUAAAUGGCUGUUUAGAGUACAUGUAUAAUAAAUAAUUUAGCAUAACUGACAGCUUUUCCGAUAUAAACUUUGCUAGUCGUUCAGUAGAGUCUUUGUAUUUAAAAGGGGCUGGUUACCCUUUACUGUGUACUCUUUCCUAAUUGGUUGUGAUUCAAGAGGGUGGUGUAUUCUUAGCCUCAGAGUAACACGUGUUUUAAAUUUUAGUUUAUUUUUCAAUUUCCAUAAAAUACUUUUUAGCAUCAGAAAUACCUUUUUGCCAGAAGCAGUUUUGAAACUUGCUUAUCUAUUCAUUGGCAGUUUUCUUUCAUUCUGUAGUUAUAAAUGUGAAUUAUUGUUCGCGUUAUAAUUCAGUCUCCGCAAAUGGCACGCGGCUAUCCGUGAUGGAUUUGUGCUGGGUGUAGUGGCAGUGUUCUGACUUAAUGGCACCCCCUAGUGAAAGACAGAGGUGUAAUGAGAGUCUGCAGGGGGCUUACAGAACUGCAGUGGAGAGGUUUGGAUGGGUGUGUCUUAUUCCUUGACUAUUUAUUGUUUAUACUAUAGGUGAUUAUAAUAGACUUGCGAAUGAAAGGUGUGUGUUUUGUAUGUGAGGUGGAACACAUUUAUCCUGUUGUUGCAGACAGGGCCUUAGGGUGUGUGUGUUUGUGCGCGUGUACAGGUCUCUGCUUUUUUUUUUUUUUUUUUUUUUUUUUUUUUUUUUUGCAGUUAGCAAGAAAAUACUCGGUACUUCUGUUAGGCCCCACGCCAACAGGAUUCUAACAAACGCUCAUUAUCUGAUAUCUACAUGCUGCGGCUCGACCGUUGCGGGCACAUUUCCAUGGCGUGUACAGGGUGGAUGCUGCUGUAUCGAUGGAGAGACUGCAGGGAGGAUUGCACCAGUGUCAGCCUCAGUUCCUACAGGCUUGCACAAGUAUACUCUAAUACUUGCAGCAUUUACAUAUUACCCACUGGGACAAUACUGCAACUGGGUUGCGAGACGGGUUCAUCUUUUUUGUUUUAAGGUGUGUUUCUGGUUUUUUUUAUACUUUAGGUCCUUGUUAGAAUUUGGCCUUUUAAAGCUUGGACAGGUGUCUCUCCAGUUCCUUAUCUAAAAGAUCACAUCUCUCAGACAGCGUCCCAGGACUGAGAAUUCCCCUGCCACUCGUUGUCGUUGGUGACGCCGGGACCUUGUGACUUGGCGAUCCUUUCUGAACGUCGGCUGCGGAAGGUUUCCUCGGUAACACCACAUUCCUGGUUCCGGGGUUUGGUAGACGCAAAACACAAGAAGCAAGUGAGCCCAAACGACAGCACUGACUCGCACAGUGAACAUUUCACCCCUUUUAUGACCACCGUUUGCAUGGAAACAGUUUAAUCUGGCCUUUCUUAUGUUAAAGGCUCGAUAAAGAGUUAAUCAGAAGGGCAUCGUUUCAGUUCUUGUCUGUUCAGCAUGAUGGAAAUGAAGAGUCAUGGUGUAUCACGUUUAUUUGUAGGCUUUUUAAAAUCUAUUUGAGGAUUUAAAAAAAUAAAUUAAAAUUAAAUAGAAAAUCAAUCUUUUGAAAUUGUCACAUUGCACAUUCGUGUGCUUGUCCUGAAACUCAGUAGAGGGGACAUGAGCUCCUCCAGAACCUACAUGACUAUUACGGAAGGGGCAAUAAUAAAAGCUCCAGUUCAGUGCCCCUGGUGUUCCAGCUGAAGGCACCUGGGGCGGGGGAGGGGGGUGUAGGUCAAAAUCAGUCCGCUUUCUUUUUACCGCUCAGAACACGACAAAUGCUCACAUUUGUUAAAUUUUGCAUAUUUUAGGUGAAUUGCAAUAAUUUGUGUGUAUAGUUGAAGAGGUAUGAGGGGCGUUUAAGUUUGCAAUAAAGGGUGUAUUCUGCUGUGUACAGUUACAUUUUUUUAUGAUUUACUUUAAAUUGUUCUUGUUUCUAUUUUUGUGUGAUUGCUUCAAAAAGAACAAUUAUUUUAAAAAAAUGUAAAGGAAAUCUUUAGUAUUUUUUUAGGGUUAUUAUUUUUAUUUGGUCUUAAAAUAUGGAGGAGACAGGACUUUUAUUCUUAAAAUAAAACUGUGGAAUUAUGA